CAUCCCAUUUCCCUAAUUGCAUUCGAAAUAUCCUUUUUCAUAUCCUUAACAAAACCAAUAUUCCAAUUCACAAAUAUGUAUUCAACAAAUGCAAAAAAAAAAUCCGUAUCCUUCGACCCACAACCAACUGGCAAAUGGAAAAUGGCGUCAAAUUGCACUGACAUCUGACCACGUCAACAACAAUGACAAUCCAACACACAAUCGUCCUUUUGCGGCCGAACUCCGAACUAACCACGAAUAAACCUAACUGUAAAAAAAAUCGAUUUCCAAACGUAUUUUGUGGUGCAAUGAUGCAAAAAAAAACUCAUCCAAAACACAUACGGACAUGUCUCUCUAUGCACGCCGUUCUAUUAAACUAACGAAAAUGAAAAAAAUGCCGGAAAUUGCUGAAUAAACGUUGAUGACUCUAAUCUCUCCGUCAACAACGUACUGACAACCACGAAAAAAAACUAAUGAAAAAACAUAAAAAAAAUUAACCGACUAAAAAAUCGAAAUUGACGAUAACAAUGUCGGCGCUUAAAUGAAAUGAUCUGCGUUUGUAACUUUUGUUUGUUACUGUGCCGCGUACAUAAAACGCAUCAAAAUGCAAUUUGAAUACAAAUGUUCCGUCUGCUGUGGCCCUGCUCCUCUGCGAAUACUUCAACUGGGACUUUCGAACCAACAACGACGUUCAACUAACAUCUGACGCAUGCACUUCCGGCGCUUUGGAACGCAACUUUAUGUUCCUAUGUUAUGUGCCUAUGACGUUGAAAAACCAAUUGCACUGUACGAAACGAUACGGAACGGAACGGAACUGCACAUAACUCAACGGAAAUGCAGGUUGCUUGGAUUAAGGCCGACGCCAAAGCCAUCCUAGCGAUACAUGAGCAUGUGAUAACGAACAAUGAUCGAUUAUCGGUGCAGCAUAAUGACUUCAAUACGUGGACACUGUACAUCCGAAAUGUCAAAAUGGAAGAUUCCGGCAAAUACAUGUGCCAAGUUAAUACGGAUCCGAUGAAAAUGCAA